AUGGCAACAAAGCGGCUACGUAAGGAGUACGUGGCGCUACAGCGGAACCCGGUGGAGAACAUUCGUGCGGCGCCUCUGGAGAAUAAUAUCCUCGAGUGGCACUACGUGAUCACCGGGACAGAGGGAACGCCCUACGAAGGGGGGUUCUACCACGGAAAGCUCAAGUUUCCUCCAGAGUACCCCAUGAAGCCUCCGUCGGUCAUUAUGUGCACGCCCAACGGCCGCUUCGACAUCAAUCGGCGUAUCUGUCUCAGUAUGUCGGACUUCCACCCGGAGACGUGGAACCCGCUCUGGGCCGUCGGCUCCAUUCUCACGGGUCUCUACUCGUUCAUGCUUGAAAAUAAGCUCACUACUGGAGGUGUUGUGACGACGGAGGACGCUAAACGAGCGUAUGCAACGGCGUCUCUCGAGUAUAACUGCAAGGACAAGAACUUCCGCGUGCUAUUCGCCGACUUGGUGAGAAUGCAGCGUGAGAAAGAGAAGGCGAGUGCUGCCCCCAAGGAGCCAGUCGUCAUCGUGAUUGACUAA